AUGGGCCUCUUCGACGAUCUGCUAAUCGGCGGUGCCGGACUCGCCUUUGUCGAGCACGAGCACACCAAGCAUCAGCGACAACGCUUUGAGCAACAAUACGCACUCGAGCAGCAGCAAGCGCAGUACCAGAAUGGCGGCAUGCAGGGGCAGUACCGCUCCGCCGGACCUUCAUAUGGUCCUCCUCCCCAAGGACCGUACAUGCAGCAACAGCCCAUGCAGUAUACUGGCUGCUGUCCGAAUUGCGGCUACAACUUAGCAAAUGGCAUGCAAGGCGGGCAAGGUUAUCAGUAUGGUGGACCGCAACAAGCAGCUGGAUAUCAGCCGCCAGCGUAUCAAGCACCAGCGUACAGAGGCAGUCCACCGCUGCCACCACGGACGCCGGAACGGAAGAAUUAG